AUGAAAGCAUGGCAACAAGCCACACCCGGCCCCGUCGAGGAGAACCUCAAACUCAUCGACAACGCCGCACGCCCCAACAAUGCAACCCUCAAGCAAGGCGAGAUCCUCAUCCACGUAGCCAGCGCCGGUCUCAACCCGGCAGACUACAAAACCCUGGAAAUGGGUAUACUAUCCCGCGCCAGCAUCAAGUUCCCCAAGACAGUGGGCCUGGAUCUCAGCGGUACUGUCGUGGGCGUGGCCGAUGGGUCAACGGACGUCAGGGUCGGCGAUAAUGUCCUCGGCCGCGUCGAGCCAUUCCAGGCGGACGGCUCACUGUCUGAGUACGUGGUGCUGCCACGGGAUGCAUACGCCGUGCUACCCAAGGGCGUGAAUCUCGAUCAGGCUGCCGGGUUGCCCACGGCGGGGAUGACGGCGUAUCAAAGCAUCAAGCCCUACGUCAAAGCCGGGGACCGGGUCUUUAUUAACGGCGGCUCUGGAGGUACAGGGACCUUUGGUGUCCAAAUUGCAAAGGCGCUCGGGUGUCACGUCACGACUUCCUGCUCAACGGGUAAAGUCGACCUGGUCAAGAGUCUAGGUGCCGACACGGUCAUCGACUACCGAGUCCACGACAUCGUGGCUGUGCUUGAAGCCGAGGGUCAAGUCUAUGAUCUAGUGGUGGACAACGUUGGUAGCUCGCCAAAGGACUUUUUCUCUACGACGCCGAAGUUUCUCAAACCGGAGGGACCCUAUAUUGCCGUUGGGGCCACUGCGUCGCUUGACACGGCUAAGACUUUUGCUCAGGGCCUGCUGUGGCCGACAUUCCUAGGGGGCACGCCGCGCAAGUUUGUACCUUUUUUCACUAAGAAUGUACACGAGGACUACGAGCAGCUUGCGAGGUGGUUGGCAGAGGGGAAAAUAGCGACCAUCAUCGAGUCAACAUUUGAGUUUGAGCAGGCAAUUGAAGCCUUGCAGCAUCUAAAGAAGGGCUCCAGUUCGGGAAAAGUCCUUGUGCACGUCUCGACCAAGGCGUGA